AUGGAGCUGCUCAGGCGGACAUGCGAGCGAGGUGUACAUGUGCGAGGCGCAGGCUCGACACCUCACACAAUCAAACGAAAGGCAGAAGUGGAGAGAUCUCCUGUUCUUGUCCGCUUCAAACACGGUCAGAUCCCAAUCGAGGGUAUUUCAUCGUUUUGCGGAUUUGGCCAGUCGUUCCUUGUAGUAGUCGACACUUUUCGUGUUCUUGAGGUAAAGGCUGAGUCAGCUAUUCCUCUCUUAAAUACGACAAUUCCGCGCAGAAUCCCAGCGAACUCGAGGCUGGUAUUUUGCACACCAGUGGCCGCGUUUCAACCUCAAAAAAGCCAGUGA